AUGGCUACCGGUGAUGUUAACCAGGGCGACAAGUCCGUUUUCGGCAUGCCCGGCUUCGUUGUCGACUUCCUGAUGGGUGGUGUUUCCGCCGCUGUCUCCAAGACCGCUGCCGCCCCCAUUGAGCGUAUCAAGCUCCUGAUCCAGAACCAGGAUGAGAUGCUCAAGGCUGGCCGUCUGUCCCACAAGUACGCCGGUCUCGGUGACUGCUUCAAGCGCACCAUCGCCGAUGAGGGUAUGGUUUCGCUCUGGCGCGGUAACACCGCCAACGUCAUCCCCCUGAACUUCGCUUUCCGCGACACCUACAAGUCCAUGUUCGCCUACAAGAAGGAGCGUGAUGGAUACGGCAAGUGGAUGAUGGGUAACCUGGCCUCCGGUGGUGCUGCCGGUGCCACUUCCCUCCUCUUCGUCUACUCCCUGGACUACGCCCGUACCCGUCUGGCCAACGACGCCAAGUCCACCAAGGGUGGCGGUGACCGUCAGUUCAACGGUCUCGUGGAUGUCUACCGCAAGACCCUUGCCACCGACGGUAUUGCCGGUCUCUACCGUGGUUUCGGUCCCUCCGUCUUCGGUAUCGUCGUCUACCGUGGUCUGUACUUCGGAAUGUACGAUUCCAUCAAGCCCGUUCUCCUGGUCGGCUCUCUCGAGGGCUCUUUCCUCGCCUCCUUCCUGCUCGGCUGGACCGUCACCACCGCUGCCGGUGUUGCCUCUUACCCCCUUGACACCAUCCGUCGUCGCAUGAUGAUGACCUCCGGUGAGGCCGUCAAGUACUCUUCUUCCCUCGAUGCUGGUCGCCAGAUCGUCGCCAAGGAGGGUGUCAAGUCCCUGUUCAAGGGUGCCGGUGCCAACAUCCUGCGUGGUGUUGCCGGUGCCGGUGUCCUGUCCAUCUACGACCAGGCCCAGCUCCUGCUCUUCGGAAAGAAGUUCAAAUAG